GUUGGCGAACUUCCCUUGCAUUUGAAACUCUCCCAAACCUCACUCUCAUUUCUUGGAUCUUUCAAUAGUCAAUGUGUCGCAAGUCAUGAAGGAUCCUAACUCCUAUUCUUUUGGCUUUGAUAUGUCACCCAUAAGAUCAUCAGUUACAUUCACUGAAGCGCCUUGGAACUGAGCUAGACCACUAACACUCAAGCACGAGCUACGACCACAUAACACUGCCUCUGAAAUGAGUUGUCACGUCUGCAGUCGUGGUCUAACACUACGCCAACGGCUCUUUUGCCCUACAUGCGCCCGCAGUCAACUCUACCACCUGCACCAUGAGAAUGUUAGGAUUCUUCUCGAAAGGGAGUCUAUCUCGCGCCAAAUUGAGGAUGCAGUCACAUUUGACAGCACUCGGAAUCUCUCAUCCGCUCAAUCCGAUAAAAUAGCAAGCAAUCUUCAAGAAAGGCAGUACAGAUCAUGGAUCAUUCAGACCAUUAUUGACGAAAGGUCCAAGUCGUCUGCCAGAACAAAGAGCCUUGCAAAUCAGAUCGAAAGGAUGAAGUUGGAGAUCAAGGAUAAACGACGUGACAUUUCACAUCGCAGGCGAGAACUAGCCCGACAAGACUCAGAUGCCGAGUCUGCCAACUAUCAACUUACCGAACGGGAGGCUACGAUGCUGGCUGGGAUUCAGAAUAACACCAAAAGAACGGACCAUCUCUGGCACUCGCAACAUAGCAAGACUGCGGAAGCCCGGAUCUUCCUUUGUCGGGAGGCCGCAAACCUGUACGGCUUACGCCAAAAGGUCAAGAAGCGGGAUGGCGAACUCAAAGAGACAUAUUGUAUCGGCGGGGUGCCCAUUAUCAACUUAAAAGAUAUAAAUGGCGCGUCACCAGCUCAGAUUUCAACCUCAUUCUCUUACAUUGCCCAUCUUCUUGUACUAGUUUCGAAUUAUUUGUCCCUAAGGCUCCCUGCCGAAAUAACUCUGCCUCAUAGAAACCACCCCACCCCUUCGAUACUGUCACCUGCUGGGUCGUACAGUGCACAUGAAGCAGGUUUCGCUGUGGCACCAAUUAGUUCCGCAUCACGACCGGGAGAUUUCAGGUCUCAUGGGUCCCGUCCUCGUCCUCGACCUCUCCACACGGACAAAACACUCCCGAAGCUGGCCAGCGAAGACCCGGCAGCAUAUGCCCUUGUCCUCGAGGGGGCGGCGUUACUGGCUUGGAAUGUCUCGUGGCUGUGCCGAACCCAGGGGCUCAAUAUAGCGUCGGAUUCCUGGGAAGAAACAUGCGACCUAGGAAGAAACAUGUGGCAGCUACUAUUUGGCUCGCCUGCACAACCCUUAACUCUGGUGACAGCAGUUACCAGCCGCGAAAUACAACCCAAAACGAAACUCUCCAAGGAACUACCGAAAACUACCAUCCAGAGAACUAAGUCAUUUUCCAUGCUUGGGCAUUAUUCGCAUGGCACUGUGCAUUCAUUUCUGUGCGCUUCCGAGGGCGCGGAAUUCACGCGAACCUGGAGAUUACCAUCGCCAACUAAAAUCGCAGACAAGCUGAAGUCGGUCCUUCUAGGGGAAAUGGCAAGCGCAGAAUGGGAACUACUGGAAAAGAAGGAGUGGGAUGAUGCGGCGCAGGACAUCGUCUACCCUCCUUCAAUCAAUGAGGGCGAUAGGUCCCAUGACCAGGUCAGCCCUUCAAGCACCGCGCAUCCCGAAGGCAACAUCGUGACUGCUGGCGAACCGUUCAGAUCGAACGGGUUGAAGGGAACAAGUGGCUGGACCAAAUUAAGAAAUAGAUAAACCUAUUGGUUCUUAC